AUGAUCUUGAAUUGCCAGCCUAGGGUUGAAGCUGCUAUGGUAAAUGCCAGAAUCCGCAAAACUGUUCGAGCAACCCAAGCUAAGGUGGGUUACAUUGGCCCUCCAGCAGAUUUGAACUAUGAUCACCAACAUCUCGGCACAGGCCCCGAAACACUAAUUGAAAUUGCCGAGGGUCGCCAUCCCUUUUUCUCAGCCCUGUCAAAUGCUAAAAAUCCAGCGAUCAUUGUUGGUGCUGGGAUCUUUGACCGGAAGGAUACGGAUGCAAUAUUCUCUGCUGUUGAAACUAUUGCGAAACAUGGGAACAUUAUCAGGCCUGACUGGAAUGGGCUCAAUGUAUUGCUUUUGAAUGCUGCCCAAGCUGCAUCUCUUGACCUUGGACUUGUUCCAGAAUCUGACAAUUGCAUUGAAUCUGCAAAAUUUUUGUAUUUAAUGGGUGCUGAUGAUACAAACUUGGAGAAACUUCCAGAGGAUGCCUUUGUGGUUUAUCAGGGGCACCAUGGUGACCGGUGUGUGUACCGUGCAAACGUAAUUUUCCCAGCAUCAGCUUUCACUGAGAAGGAAGGAACAUAUGCCAAUACUGAAGGGUGUGCUCAAAUAACAAUACCAGCAGUCCCGACAGUUGGUGAUGCUAGGGAUGAUUGGAAAAUAAUCAGAGCUUUGUCUGAGGUGUCAGGUAUCCCGCUGCCUUAUGAUUCCCUUAGCGCUGUUCGAUCCCGUAUAAGAACCGUGGCACCGAAUCUAUUGAAUGUGGAUGAGAGAGAACCAGCUACAUUUUCUGCUUCAUUGAAGCCUGAUGUCAGCCAGAAAAUGAGUAUGGACCCAUUUGGAACUGCCGUAGAGAACUUCUAUAUGACAGAUUCUAUCACUAGGGCAUCAAAAAUCAUGGCACAGUGCAGUGCGCUGUUGAAGAAGCUAUUCUGCAAUGGAGGUGUUCUUCUACAGAGUGUGCUUUCUGAGUUUCACUAUAAUCUCUGUUCAGGAAUGCGGAACGAAGAGUAG